AUGGGCCGUGGUACGAAGCGGCUGUGCGCAGCUUCUACAGUUGACGAGCCUCCUAGUGCUGCUCUGCGUCUUCAUGUCCUGCAUUGUUGGCGUGCUGGGGCUGGCAGCACAGGCCGGCAGAUGUGGGAUGAGACCAUCAUCUCAAAGAUGCGUCAGUUGGACAAGGGGCUGCACGUGCCUCAACACCGUGGUUUCUUGGCGCCAGUGCCAUGUUUUGACCGUGGUGAAGAUGUUUCGCUACCUGCUCCACUUGCGUCGGCCAGCGCUUUCAGUUUGGCUGGUUUGCGCUUAGCUGGUCCCUCUGCGUCUGCAGAUUGGACGUCGAAGAUGCAACGGGAACGUCGUGCUGCUAUCAAGAAAUGGGCUAGCUUGGUGAAGAUGCAUCCGGCUGCUUGGGAAGUUGGCAGACAGCAGGUGUCUGUGUUGCAAUUACGUGUCAAGAGCGGGGGGCUGUUUGAAUCAAUUUCGGAUGCGUUGGCUAGCAAAGCCACUGCAACUCUUCAUGGUCGGGCGGGGCCACUUCUGCGUUACAGCAAUUUCUGGAUUGGUCAGGGUCACGAUCCAUGGCCACUGCAGGAGGAAAUGGUGUAUGCCUAUUUCAAAGAAGUAGGCCCCUCUACUGCCCCGACGCAUCUGCGAUCCUGCUUGAUUUCCAUGUCCUUUGCGAUGCAUGUGCUGGGUUUGUACGGCGUAAGAUCUGUUCUGGAGUCUGGGCGCGUACGUGGUGUCAGUGCAGAGCACUUCAGUCGCAAGCGUGCUUUGCGACAGCGUGACCCUCUAACUGUUCUGCAAGUAAUUAUCCUUGAGCGGUGUGUCAUGGAUAAGAAGGCCGCGGACAAAGACAGAGUUGCUGCGGGAUUCUUCCUCGUGUGCAUUUAUGGCCGUCUGCGUUAUUCGGACGCUCUAAAUAUAAACAGUGUGAAGUUGGAUGUGCAGAGGGUACAAGGCAAGGUGAUCGGCUUCUUAGAGGCAACCUGCAAGCGCACGAAGACCAUGACGAGCCUUGAGACGAAGACAAGGCUGCUGCCUGUUGCAGUGCCUAUUCAGUCUGUUGCUGACACUGCGUGGGUUGAGACCUGGCUAGAGCUGCGCGAGCGGAUUGGUCUGGUCGUUGAUGACAAGUGUCCACUACUCAGUGCGCCUAUGGCUAACGGGCAUUGGGGCUCCUUGCCUUUGGGGGCAGCUGAAGCAGGACAUUGGCUUCGCUGGUUAGUCGCACCUGCAGGUGUGCAAGUGCAAAAUCUAGGCACGCAUAGUGCCAAGGCUACAGUGCUGUCUUGGGCAUCGAAGUAUGGAAUGUCGCACGAUGAUCGACGCAUGCUUGGCUACCAUGCUGCAGCCGGGGAUAAGUCCAUGUUGACAUACAGUAGGGAUGCUAUGGCAGGUCCUCUCCGUGAAAUGGCCCGAGUGGUGCGCGACAUCAAGGCGGGAGUGUUUCGGCCUGACAUGACGCGCAGCGGGUACUUCUUGAAGCCCGAUGGCAGCGAAGAGUUACUUGACGACACUGAGGACAGCAGUAGCUCUUCCGAAGGGUCUCUAGACGAGGACGACCAACAGUUCUCGGAAGAGGAGGAAGCGUGUGACGCGGUGGUCGGAGCUUGGGAAGGCGGUGAGUUGUCAAUGGACAGGUCAUAUGCCAGGCACAAGUUUUCACGCUGUUUGCACAUGUUUGCCAUUGAUGAUUGUGGUGCAUUUGUGUGCGGCCGCAAGAUGUCGGACAGUUAUGUCAAACAGAAGAGU